ACCGGUUUGCUCUAAUUAAUAAAGAGACCUCGUUCGAAGCAAUUGUUGUACGCCUGGGGCAGGUUCCUGGAUCGUCAAAAUGGCAAUUGAAUCGUCUGUUUUGAGAAGGGCACAAUUGACUAAAUAUUUCGAAGAUGUGUGACGAUGAUGUGGCUGCUUUGGUUGUUGACAACGGCUCUGGGAUGUGCAAAGCUGGUUUUGCCGGAGAUGAUGCGCCAAGGGCCGUAUUUCCAUCCAUCGUUGGGAGGCCUCGUUAUCAGGGUAUAAUGGUGGGCAUGGGGCAGAAGGAUAGUUACGUUGGAGAUGAAGCCCAAUCUAAACGAGGUAUCCUGACAGUAAAAUACCCCAUUGAGCACGGUAUUGUUACCAAUUGGGAUGACAUGGAAAAAAUCUGGCAUCAUACGUUCUACAACGAAUUGCGGGUGGCUCCUGAGGAGCAUCCUGUGCUGCUUACCGAGGCGCCACUUAAUCCAAAGGCGAAUAGAGAGAAGAUGACGCAGAUUAUGUUUGAAACAUUCAACACGCCUGCCAUGUAUGUGGCCAUUCAAGCCGUUCUUUCCUUAUAUGCAUCAGGAAGAACUACAGGCAUUGUUUUGGAUUCGGGAGAUGGUGUCUCACACACUGUACCUAUAUAUGAAGGAUAUGCACUGCCUCAUGCAAUUCUUCGUCUGGAUCUGGCUGGACGAGAUCUGACAGAUUACUUAAUGAAGAUUCUCACAGAACGAGGAUACAGUUUCACAACCACAGCUGAACGGGAAAUAGUUAGAGACAUCAAAGAGAAGUUGUGCUAUGUUGCACUUGACUUUGAGCAAGAAAUGGCUACUGCUGCUUCGUCUAGCUCAUUGGAGAAAUCAUAUGAACUACCCGAUGGACAAGUGAUUACUAUUGGAAAUGAGCGGUUCAGGUGUCCUGAAGCUAUGUUCCAGCCAUCAUUCCUUGGCAUGGAGUCAUGUGGUAUCCAUGAGACAACAUACAACUCCAUCAUGAAGUGUGAUGUUGACAUCCGAAAGGAUUUGUAUGCCAACACAGUACUUUCAGGAGGAACAACCAUGUACCCUGGUAUUGCUGACAGGAUGCAGAAGGAAAUAACAGCCCUUGCACCCUCAACAAUGAAGAUAAAGAUCAUUGCACCUCCAGAAAGAAAAUAUUCUGUGUGGAUUGGUGGUUCCAUAUUAGCAUCUUUAUCUACCUUCCAGCAAAUGUGGAUUUCCAAACAGGAAUACGAUGAGUCUGGCCCUUCAAUUGUCCACAGGAAAUGUUUCUAAACUUUUGAAACAGAAAAAUUAGCAAGUCACAAGUAAUUCAAUAAAUUCUCAUGCAGCAAUUGAUGUAAUAAUUUAUAUAUUUAGAAGUUCAUUUGAGGUACAGGUGACAACUGAUUUGUUGUGAAACAUUCUUUGUAUUAAAUCAGUUUUGUACAUUGUUCAUUCUGUAUUUAUUUGUUAAAUGGUUAUUAAAUAAUUAAAAAGAUUAAUAAAAUAUUCGUUCUCUUUGAUCUCCAACACCAGUUUGUGAAGCAAACAUUUCCUGGAAAGUGAUUUCACUGUAGCUGAAAGGGUACACCUGAACAGAGUGGCAGUUCCAUGUGGCUCAUAUUCUGCUUCACAGUCACUCCCACAAUCUCCUGUCCCUUCGUUGAAUCCUUUCCCUCACAAAUAUUGUACUCAUGUUGUAUUUCCCACCACCUGCAAGAAGACACUGGUGCCAUCCCCUGUAACAUAUAUUCAUAUUCAUCCACAUGGUCCUUCCACUUCGUUUAAAAUGUUUACAGUGCAACCAAUCCCAACAGCAGCCACCAACUUUUUCGGUGAAAGAAACCUCGUUUCUCCUAAGCCCUGUAAAUACAAAUGUUUCUGAUGGGGAACUCAGGCAUAUCAAUCAUUGCAGGAAGCCACAACACUGUAGUAGCUACAGGUAACGACCACUGCACUCUAUACUAUGAAUUAUAUGCUGUUAUGAAAGAAGUGGCUAAAGAGAAUUAUGAGAGCUAUUGGUGAUCAAACAAACAUCAUUGUCAUCAUCAUUCAUUACUUAUGAAACUGUACAUCAAUAUACAAUUUUAUUAUGAAUCUUAUUUUACUGCCUUAUGUGCAACUUUUUAAGUUUUAAAUUUUAAACUUAAAGUUAAUAAAUAGUUUCACAUAAGACUGUAAUAUAAGAUCUAUAGUAAAAUGGAAAAGUGCAACAGGAUGCUACAGUACAAACUUAUCAAUACACAAGUUAUGUAGGAUAUGUCAAAUGUUUUUAGGGUAAUUAAAAAUGUUUGAAAAGCAGAUCACACUAUCAGUAAUAUGAUUUAUAAGAGAAUAAGGUGGUAAAGACUUUUCUAUGAUGAAUAAUUUAAUCAAAUAUAUAAAAUCUUUAUAAUGGUAGUCCCUUUAAAGUAAAGUGUGUUAUUUCCAAAUCUGAAGAAGUCCAUCAUGUAUAAAAGCCCACUAAUUUCCUUUUUAAUUUUCUUUCAGGAGGG